CACAGCCGAUCUCGUGCACAGCCGAUCUCCGCCGACAAAGCCGGCUGCCGACCGCCAUGCGGCUGCUGCAGCUCUCUACUCAUGGCGCUCACGCUCUGCAGAGCGCGCUAAUCGCCGCGGCGCUCGCCGCAUCCAUCUCUAGGGCGGCCAUCGAGCCGGCCCUUGCCAUUGGGCCCAAUGACAUGAACAUCGGCCUGAGUGUCAAGGCCUACGAAGAGUGCGACUGCCCGCCAGAGCUGGCGCAAGGCCGGGCGGGCGGGGCGCUGGGCGCGGGGGCCGGCGGCUCUGGCAUUGCCCAGAAGUGCGUGCGGGUCAGCGCUCAGGUAGACAACCCCCGGAAGGAGGCUGUCGAGGACGCGGGCGUCUUUGGUGUGGUCACCGAGACGACGACGGGCAUGUCGGUCCUCGGCAACGGCCAGGACGGCAAGAACGACGCGGGGCAGUUUGCGAUGAUCCCCAAGGUGCCUCCUGGCAAGUCGGACGUGGAGUUCGUAUUCGUCUCGCAGCAGGCGGACGACUGCGUGCCGAGCAAAAAGAAGGUGGACGGCAAGCUGGUCAUAACCACGUGCCCGGUGCAGGGCUCGAGGCCGCUGGUCGGCCUCUCGUUCGACAAGAUGAAGGCCAUCGCCUACCCGGGCGGAGAUCGCUACAAGCUCUACGACGAGUGUGAGCAGAACGAGUUCGCCGAAGGGUGUUGACGCCACAGGUGACCGCACUCUUCCGCACGUGUCGUCGCCCGCCUAGUGUCGCCCAAAGCCGAGAGCGUAUAGGAGAGGAGCUCCGGAGCGUGUGGAGAAGCGGAUAUUCUGCACGCAUGCCGGUUCGAUCUAUACACCAUGUGCCGUGUCAACCGGCUCAACCGCCACCCCCCUCGCCCGGAGUGAUUCUCUAUAACAUACAUGUAAACGUUC